GUAGAUCUCAGCCUUGUCGCACAUCCUCUUAAGCCUGCACCUUCUUGACUUCAACUGACAGCUCGAAAACGCAACUGUUGAUUCGAGCUCGUUUCUCGCUUGCCCUGCCAUCAAAGCUUCUGCUCCAAAAAUAUUUUUAUCCAUUAAUCAAACCCAGAGUCUGACUUCCAAAACAUAACGGUACCGUAUCUACUCAGCAGUCACGAAGCUACACCCAUCAAGUUCUCAACCAUUGUCGACAUGGCACCAGCCACGGCCAUUCCUCCGCCCCUUCCCCCCUCAGUGGAGGAAGCAUACCGCCGAAAGUGUAUACAGCUCAAACAACGAACGAACGAAGUUGAAGAAGCGAACGAUGCCGCCAGGCUGCGCCUCGGACGCUUGAAGCGCCAGGUGGAAAAGAUGCGGCUUGAGAGGGCCUUUCUCCUCGAGCAGCUCGCCAAGCGAACAAGCACUAAUGUAGAGGAUUCUGACGGCAGCCCCAGCCCGCCGCCGACACCCAAGGAGAAGCCGCUGCGGAUCAAGCGCGGCCACCGCAAGCCGUCGGCCCUCACGGGGCUCGACGCGUCCUCCUCGGUCCCCGCCCUCCCGGGCUUUGUAGCGCAGACCCACUCACCCAGUUCGGACGCCUUCUCUGCCGCGCAGCAGCCCGACGCCGGCAAGACCAACGGCGUGCACAACAAGGCGCCCAAGCAGCCCCGGAGCGCGUUUGAUCUGUACUGCGACGACAACCGGUCGUCGGCCAAGGAAAAGGCCAAGGAGGGUGGCGACGCGGCCGACGUGGAUGAGGAGCUUUCGCGGGGCUGGAAGGAGCUCUCGGACGGCCGGCGCGACGAGUACCAGGCCCGUGCCGACCAGCAAUCGGCCGAGUACGAGAAGGAGAAGGCGGCUUUUGACGCAGCAAAGAGGAAUAACGGAGCCAGCGCCGGCAACAAGGCGGACAGCAACGGUAACGGCAGCGGCGAGGCGACAGAGUCGGAACCGCCGCGCCCGGGAGCGGGAGGGGAGGACCAGACCCCGGGUCAGCAGGACGAUGUCGACAUGACCAACUACGACACGGACCAGGAGACGCAGGGUGAGCGGUUAGAGGAGUAGCACUUCUUGGCCCUUGGUUUCUGGUGAUGGGUCCUCGUUAUGGUUUCGUUCUUGGGGCAUUGGAAGCUGAAUCAACUCGGGCGGUUCUGCAAGGGAGAUUUUGAUAUGGGCGUUUUAUGAUGGUUUAUAUUUCAGCGGUCCAUUGUAAGGUGAGGGCUGUUGUCAUGUUUGCUGUAUGUAUAAUCUAGGCUUGUCUCGGAUCGGAAGCGGUGAUGGGAUUCGGAGUUGGCGUGGGCAAAAUGGACUUCACUUUUCCUAGCAGGAUUCUGCUGGGUGGCAGAAUCAGCAUUGGUCCACUCGGUCCUAGUCUACUGGUGCCAUCACUUCUGCGUCACCUCAGAGGGAGCUUGAGAGCAUGAUGAAUGGUGACCGGAUCCCAACCUAGUGAGUUCGCUGUGAGGUUCUCCUCUUUAUUAACCAGUGACGAUAAUGUACAACUAAAAGUAUAAC